AUGUUCGCGAACAAUUUCGCCCUUCUGGGCGAUGACACGGAGGACAUCAGCGCGAUGGCCGCGAAGGCUGCCCGGGAGGCGGCCAAGGCCAAGGCUCAGGCCGAGAGCGCGCCCGCUCCCUCCGCGAGCGCCGCCCGCCCGGCCCGGGGGGGUCGCGGCGGCCGGGGCCCCAGGAACGGGCCUGCGGAGACCCGCGACGACGCCCCCGCGCCCGCCGGUCGCGCCGGUGGCAGGGGUGGCCGCGGGCGCGGCCGCGGCCGUGGCGACCACCCGCACCGCGGUCGUGAGUACGAUCGCCGCGACGGCACCGGGCGCGCCCACGAGAACAAGAAGGGCGGAGCCGGCAAGGGCAACUGGGGGGUCGAGGGCGAGGAGGCGCAGGACGCCGCCACGCCCGCCGACAAGCUGGAGCCCGAGGCCGAGGUCGAGCGCGAGGCGGCCGAGCAGCCCGCGGAGCCCGUCGAGGACGAGCCGAAGCAGGUGACGCUGGACGACUACCUGGCGGCGGAGUACGCUGAGAAGCGGGCCGCGCUGCAGAGCCAGAUGAAGACCGAGCAGCGCACGGUGGACAAGAGCCAGUUCUCGGGCAUGCAGAAGGUCCAGAAGGCCGAGAAGCUGGCGGAGGACCUCCUGGACGGGUUCUCGAGCAAGGACAAGACCAAGCAGCACCGCGUCAAGGAGCUCAAGGGCAAGAACGUGGUCAACGUGGACAUCAAGUUCUCCGACGGGGGGCCCGCGGGCGGGCCGCGCGGCGAGGGCGGCCGCGGGCGCGGGCGCGGCGGGCGGGCGGGCGGGCGGCCGGCGCUCGAGGCGGCCGUGGCGGGCGCGGCGGUGGCCGGGGGCGCGGCGGCCCCGCCUCCCCCUACACCCUCUCCCCCGACGUAG